GCUCAGAAAUAAGUGGCAACCCUACGAACUAAAUGAUAUUACCGAAUAGAAAAUGCACGACAAAAAUCAAAUAAGAUCAAUUCAAGACUAAGCCCUGAGUUCUUCCCGCAUUUUUCAACACGACACAUCGUUUUCUCUUGGGACUAGUUCAACAAUUGUUUUUAACGGCGUUUGUGUGUGUGUGCGUGUGUAUGUGUUUGUGUGGACACAUUUUUAGACAACUAAGCGUAAAAGCAGCAGCAAAAAAAAUAAAUAAAUAACAGAAACCCUUCGAACGAUUUUCGUUGAAGAUAGUGCGCAAAAAACAAAAAUAAAAAGAAAAUAUCAACGUAAGAAACUCAUAAAUUGCGGGUAAUCGUGAAUUUGGGGGGAUCGAUCGCAAAGCAAAUGCGCUAAUUAGGCGCAAACGUCGCUAAAGAGCAAAAGAAACGGCAAAUGCAAUAACUGUGCGAACUACAGCAAAUAAACAAAUCUGAUAAAAGUGCAAAAAGCUGCGCAAUGUUGAAAACACAUCGAUGUAAACAACAGCAACAGCAACAACAAAAACAACACCAGUCCCAGCAAAAAUUAUAAGCACGCACAAAUCUCAGACAAUUCAGCAACAUGUUGCCGAACAAUGUUGGGCACAUGUUGCUGGCGCUUGCUACCAUCGGUGGGUUGCCGAUAGCAACGCUGCCCAAUCCGCUGGCCGAGCACAAGGAGUGCACCAGCAUUGACAUACGCAACGAGUGCAGCAAAAUGAGUCUGCUGGACAACUGUACAGUGAUCACUGGCUAUGUGAUGAUCACCCUAAUUUCCCAAAUGAUGUGCAACUAUUCCGCGUACUCGUUUCCCAAACUGCGCGAAAUCACCGACUUUAUGAUAUUCACAGACGUGCGCGAGCUCUCCACCAUCCGUAAUAUGUUCCCCAAUCUCACUGUGAUACGCGGCCGUCGACUGUUCCUUAACUAUGCGCUGGGCAUCAGCAAUAUGCCGGAUCUUGAGCUGGUAGAGUUCCCCUCACUAGUUGCCAUCCAGCGUGGUCACGUCUACAUCGGCACCUCCCACAAACUGUGCCAGCUGAAUGGAAUCAAUUGGGAUCGACUCACAUUGAGUCCGGGCGAGAAUCACAUAAUGAUUGCAUCCAACAAGUGCUCAAGCCGAGCCAGCUGCAAGGGUUGUCCAUCGAGCUAUUGCUGGUCCAAUUUCAUAUGCCAACGCUUCGAGAAUGAUAAUGUCGUCCAUAUUGAUCGGAACGUACAAAGCUGCCACGAGGAGUGCCUGGGUGGUUGCCACAAUGCAACUGCUGCUGGCUGUGUGGUUUGUCGUGGCCUAACCGAUGCCGGUGUUUGCGUGAAACGCUGUCCGACGUACAAGUUUGUGCUGGAGCAGUAUCAGCGCUGUUACACGCGCGAGGAGUGCGUCUCGCAUCAUGGCCACUUCACGUAUGGGUUUGAGUGUGUCGCGUUCUGUCCCAGCGGCUACAAGGCCAAUGCGGAGUCGAGUUGCGUGCGCUGCGGUGCAGAGGAGCCGUGUAUUAGCGUCUGUUCGCCCGAUCAGUCAGAUGGCAUGAUUGCCAUUUACAAUUUGGCCGAUGCGGAGGACUUGCGCGGCUGCCAGAUUGUCAACGGUAGCCUCAUCAUCACCAUACGCAACGAGGUUAACGAGCUGCAGCUGGAGGACAGUCUGAGCAGCAUACGUGAGAUUCGCGGACAUCUCAAGAUAUAUCGCUCGUCGCAGCUGAGCAGCUUAAAGUUUCUAAGCAACUUGCGUAUCAUCCACGGCGAUCCACUGGAGAAUCGUCAUUACGCCUUCAUACUCUACGACAACAAGCAACUGUCGGAUUUGUGGGAGCCCAGAGUGAAUCUGGAGUUCGUCAACGGUGGCAUGUUUAUGCAUCGCAACAACAAGCUGUGCAACAAGCAUAUAAAACUAUUUCAAGCCCAGGUCCAACACGACAAGGUGAUGGACUCGCUGCAGACCAGCGAUCAGGAAGUGCUUUGCAGUCCAUCCAAGCUGCAGCUGUCCGUUCAGGCACGCUCGCACCACACGCUACAGCUUAGUUGGCCCAAGUCGCAGAUGAGUGUCGAACUGGAGUUGAUAUAUAGAAGCAUGCCGCCGGGCAAGGAGUAUGCGGAACACAGUGAACUGGAGGCGCCUGUGUGCACGCGUAUCAAUUGGCAGCGACUGCUGCUCUUCGUCGACGAUCUGCAGGCGAAUGCCACACACUACAGCUACCAGCUGGAGCAACUGAAAGUGAACACACGCUACGCCUGCCUGUUGCGCACCUUUGGCGGCGAUGGCCAGCACGAUGCGCGCAGCGAUAUGAUCUAUGUGCAGACACAGAUGGAUAUACCAAAGCCACCAACACUCUCGCUCACAAAGAAGACGGAUAGUGUAUUGACACUGCUCUUGGGUGGAGCGGAGCAGCCGUUGGAUUCGUAUGUGUUGAGCGUGUACAAACUGAUGGAUGAUGCUGCGUACAUAGAUGAGCGCAACUAUUGCCGCCAGCCGGCAUUUCUGUGGCAGGACAUGGAUGCGAUACGUUGGCGUUCGCUGCAGGAGUACGACUACUACGAUUGCUGUGCCAAUCGGGCGGAGCUUGCCGACGAUCAGCAUUUCAUUGGCGAAAUGGCGGAGCUCUAUCGCUGCAGUCUCGAUACGCCCGCCAACUGCAAGGAGUCGACGGAGCCGUUGCAACAUGUACGCCUGCCUUCAAAUACAACACUGUAUGAGUUGCGGCAGCUGGAACGGUAUCGCUUGUACUCGCUGCAGUUGCAGACAUGCAAUGCUGUCGGUUGCAGUAGUGCCACAACGUUAAAUGAGCGCACCAAUUUCACACUGGGUGCGGAUCAGUUGCCACAGCUGAGUGCGUGCCGGGUGCCCAAGACAAUGGAGUAUGUGGUACGCUUUGCGGAGCCAGCACAACCGAAUGGAUUGAUUCUCAAUUAUGUGCUGCACUAUCGAAGCAAUGUCUCCGAACUGGUUGCCGACACGCAUCUCACAUGUGUGACGCGACUUGCCCAUGCCCGAGCGAACUUUGUGCACGCAUCCAGAUUGAAUAGCAGCUACGAUGAGUGUGCCGUGCGUGUCCAUUCCUUGGCUGGGGAUGUCAUCACAAGCUAUGUGCCGAUCACCACGUGCGACAAGCAGCUGAUCAAGUUGGCAACGGAGCAGGAGAAACUGCAGCUUAUACAGCAUAUUGAUGAUGCGACAGGGGCGUCAGGGGCGGGGCAACGGGAUCUACAGGAAGAGACCACCGAAUUACAUUCGCAUGUGCAUGGAAUUAGCAUUUUUGUGAUCUGUUUUCUAUUUGGAUGCACGCUCUCCUUGAUGUGGCUGAUGUACAAGCGACGCUGCUGGCGCAAGUGGCCCGGAUUGAGACGCUAUGUGCCGGUGCGGGAGCAAUGGUUGCGCGAGCGACAGCAUACCGAGGAUCGGGAGAUACUCGUUGAUGGCUUUGAAACGGUGCGUUUUCAAAACAACAACAGCAACAAUAAUAACAACAACAACAACAAUAGCAGCGAUGAGUACUAAAUCUGAAUGUUAACUGUAAACUGACAUGUAAACUAAUCUCCAUAUAAAUGACCGACUUACCAUA